AUGCGGCGAUGUUACAUGUGGAUCGUCCUUAGAACUCCAAUGAUCUCGCAGCCGUUAUUGCGGAAUUCUGCAACGACGGGAAGUGCCUCCACAUUACGCCAGGGAUGGCGAGAUUGGAUACAUCGUGUUAAACAGGCAUUAACAACAUCAACAAGAACACGAUGGAAUCGCACGGAUAUUAUAGACUCAAAGCGAUACGUUUGGGCUCAUCGAUCCCGCAUUCAAAAGAGCAAUGAUGUAUUUCAUAGUGCUGGAAAACGUGGGAAAACUCUCUCGCGUGAGGCACUCUUGUUGGAGUUUGACGGUGUAGAAUGGUCCUUUAUUGUCCUUCCGGCUUCUCUGGCAUUACUCAUAAUACUUGUUAUUGCCCUUGUGGAUGGUAGACGACGUCAGGAAAGACAACAACAAGAACUGAAUUUCCUUAGACAACGAGCAGAGUCUUUGGAAUCUAUGCGAAAGGAGCAGUCUUUGACGAACGCUGAGAAAAAAUGA